AUGUUGCACAUGGUGUCUGUUGUUUCAGUGUGCAUUCUUGUUUUAGCCAACUGUCGCAAUGAACAUAUUACCACACCGGCCAAUUUAAGUGGCCACGUGCAGAUGUUGGAUAGCCAUGUUACUGGAGUUCAAAUACGUCGUUUCGCCCUGCGUGCGCCGAUCAACACUGGUAUCCUUUUCGUACCCGAGAGGGAGGCUUGGAUCGUUGAACGACUCGGAAAAUUUCACAGAACGUUGGACCCCGGUUUAAACUUUUGCAUUCCUUUGGUGGAUCGCAUUGCUUACGUUCAGUCACUAAAAGAGGUCGCCAUCGAAAUUCCUGAUCAAUCCGCAAUCACCUCAGGUAUUUUAUAG